GCGGGGCGGUUGCUAAGACUUGGCGAAGCGCGGCGCUCGUGCCCGUCUCCUUCAGGUGGCACAGGCUUCAGCCCCGCGCCAGGUCGGCUGCAGCAGAAAUGCCAGAAAAGGAGAACAACUUCCCGCCCCUGCCUGGGUUCAUCCCCCUGAAGCCCUGCUUCUACCAGAACUUCUCCGAUGAGAUCCCCAUCGAGCACCAGGUGCUGGUGAAGAGGAUCUACCAGCUGUGGAUGUUUUACUGUGCUACCCUCGGGGUCAACCUCAUUGCCUGCCUGGCCUGGUGGAUCGGUGGUGGCUCGGGAGCCAACUUUGGCCUGGCCUUGGUCUGGCUGCUGCUGUUCAGCCCCUGUGGCUACGUGUGCUGGUUCCGACCCGUCUACAAGGCCUUCCGAGCCGACAGCUCCUUUAACUUCAUGGCGUUUUUCUUCAUCUUUGGAGCCCAGUUUGUCCUGACUGUCAUCCAGGCGAUCGGCUUCUCAGGAUGGGGUGCAUGUGGUUGGCUGGCAGCAAUCAGUUUCUUCCAGAACAGCAUUGGGGCUGCCGUGGUCAUGCUGCUGCCGGCCAUCAUGUUCUCCCUGUCGGCUGCCAUGAUGGCCAUUGUGAUCAUGAAGGUGCACAGGAUCUACCGAGGGGGCGGCGGAAGCUUCCAGAAGGCGCAGACAGAGUGGAGCACGGGUGCUUGGCGGAACCCUCCGUCGCGGGAGGCCCAGUACAACAACUUCUCCGGGAACAGCCUGCCCGAGUACCCCACUGUGCCCAACUACCCAGCCAGUGGCAGCCAGUGGCCUUAGAGGAAGC